AUGUCGUCCACUACCAGCAGUAGCACAGCCAUCCCACCAGCUGACCCUGUGAAAGGACCAGUACCACUCAUAACAGCAGAGGAAGUACGACUUGCUACAGCAAGACAACGAACGGCAAGGCUUCUGGACCUCUUCAAUCAGGUCAUCAAAGCGAAGAGCAUGUCCCAUGAUUGGUCAAACAGCACAACGAUUCCGAUAUGGGAAAAUAAAGGCGAUAUCGCAGAUUGUUCAACGUAUCGGCCAAUUCGGCUGAUGAGCCACACUCAGAAGAUCUUCGAAAGAGUACUUGAAAGACGACUUCGAGCGAUUAUAGAGUCGCCAUCCAAUCAGUGCGGAUUUGUAAAGUGCCGAGAAAAACGAAGAGAGCUGCAUGCGGCUUUCCUAGAUAUGGAGAAAUCGACAAGGUACCUCAUGAUGUCAUAUGGUGGGCACUGCGCAAGCACAUGGUUCCAGAAGUAUACAUCCCAUGGAUAA